GUGUUGACAGGAGCGGCAGGAGUUGUCAGCGGAACAGCGGCAUCCUGCAUCACCGGAGCCGAAUGGAGUAACCACAAAGAUAUUAUUUCAGAUAAAAUAUCUGUUCUUAUUCAAACGCACUGUUUAUACAGCUCAAACAGCGAAAACAUGGCUGAAGACCAGUCCUCUCAAUCCUGGUCUAUCGACAGGGACGACUACGAACUCAAUGAGGUGAUAGGUAAGGAGCCUAGCUUGCUAAAGUUAGCAGCCUAGCCCCCCGCUGUUUCAACAGCGGCGACUGCAGCUAACUGCACGAGCCGACUAGCUUUGCAUGUCCGUAGCUUAGCAGAAGGCCGGUUACAAACCGCAGCUACAUGGCAAGAAGGUGACCAGCACUGCAGACUUUCCUUCUGUCCAGGCCAAAUUAAUUAAGACUGCCUGCUUGUCGGAGAGCUAAAGUUAUCCUCUCAUUAGUAAGUUAGCACAGAGCUAAACUAGCUGGCUAAUGUUAGCCUCCAGUGCGUGAGGAUCCGUCAGUUGUUUGAGAGGGUGGUGCUCCAGUAAUGAAGGUAUGACACGGAUUAAGGAGAGCCAUUCAUACUUUAGUAACAUGACUGAACAGGGGUGGAAAGUAACUCAGCACAUUUACUCAUAAAACUGUAAUUAAGCACCUUCGCCGUGUACUUGUACUGUCUGAGUAGUUUGUAAAAUGAGUAAUUUUACCGGCACUUGAUUAUUUUUGUUGGUGCAUUUAGAAAAAUAUCACUUACUUGGUGUAAAGAAAACAUGCUGCUCCUCAGUUAAACUAUAUGACAGCUGACUGGAUAUGUGCAUACUGUAAAAAUUUAUCUUAUCAAAGUUGAUUUUCUCAUUUGUUGUGAAAAUACUGCACUACUCCAGAUUUACUGACAGGCCCAAUAUAAAUUUUGUGAUAUGGCAUUUCAAGCCGAAAUUUUCUUGAUUAGUCCCUUGAAAUAAGUAUUAACUUUUGUCUCAAGAAACUUGCUAACUGCAUUUGCAGCCAGUAUUACUUGUUAAUAUCAAUUGAAACUGUUCAAGUCACAGCUAGAGAGCAGGGACCAUCUAAAAGUGCAAUGCUGACGAGUGAUGCUCUAGAAAUAUUUAACAGCUUCACAAAUGUGCAGAAUCGAAAUUAAAUUAAAAUAUUAACAAUGUUCUUGGUUUUAUCAGAACAAAUAGUUUUGACAAAUUUGCUUUUAUAUGAUUAAGGGAGCACAUCUUACACCCUGAACCCCACCGCUGUGGGUAAAAGGAAAUACUCUGUACUUCAAAUUCAUUUAAGUGUAAUUUUAUUUGAGUAGCAUACUCUUUCAUAAAUAAUUGUAUAUAAUAACUAUGUUUUUAGUAUUAAUCAAAAUGAUAAUAAUACUCAUUUUGGCCCCAAUCAUGCAGUCUUACCGUGAAUCUGCAGGUAUUCUUUGAAGAAAGGAUAGAUUUAGUGUAAUCUCUCUUUCCCCAGCUAUAAUUAAGCUGUAGCAUUUUGCAUGGAGUGAACACUCCUCAAAGACAGCUGAACUUAACCCACACACAGUCACUGAUAAGAGACUAGUUUCCAGCCAAGUUUAGCAGAACUAUUCAGCUUAUCCAGGUUGCAAACAAAGAUGUAGUUGGCUGUCAGAGUUGAACUCUAGUACCCAUGAAGCCAAAGGUCUCUGUUCCUUCUGUGUUUUGUUUUCAUUAUAAUGUUGCUCUCAUCAGGGAGCGGAGCCACUGCAGUGGUCCAGGCGGCAUAUUGCAAGCCGAGAAAGGAGAAGGUGGCCAUCAAACGCAUCAACCUGGAAAAGUGUCAAACAAGCAUGGAUGAGCUCCUGGUAAGAAGCUGUUCUGAUGUGUGGGCCUAGUAUCUGCAGGUCCAGCUGUUCUUCAUGUGUGUGUUUGGGUGUGUGUGACUGUUUUGCUAGGAGUGCUGUGGGUUUGUGGUGUCAAAUCAGGACAGAUCAAAAGCGUGAUACCACAACAACUCUGAGUACAGGAGCUUGAUGAAAUCAAUAAUCUGUACAAUGCAGACAACUGAAAUGUGAACUAACACUACGUUCCUUUUGCCGACUUUUCCUGUUGAGCACUAAAAUACUUUUUUUUUUUCACUUGAGAGUAGUUUUGAAUUGUGAUGUACAAAUCAAGGAUGUCUGGAUCAGCUUAUUAGGCCCCCAUCCCAUUUUCAAUUCCCAUUUUUCGUAGGGUACUGUAAUAAUUGUUCCACAAUUAUUAUUUAAAGAUGAGUGGCAGUGUCACUCAGUGGAGGCGAGCGAAGCCGAGUACUUACCAACCCAACCUGCUUGUAGUCUUUCCCACGGUGUCAAAGCCUAGGUAGUAAAAUGUACAAACAAACCAACACAAAAUUAGUCCCUAAUCCAAAACAAACUCUUGAAUUAAGUACAUUAAUGCCAGCCUAUCAAAAACGGGAACAUUAAAAGAGAAAAUGAAGAAAUUUUACAACAAAAUGCGUGGCCACCCACAAUGCAUUGCAGCCACCCACAGCACUGUUUGGAGCGUGUCCAAACCUCGGCUGUAUCCUCCUAUUAAAAAGGUUUUGUCCGCAGUAUGGACGUUUUACGGCUUCACAAAACAGACGGAGCAGGUAAACCUGAAACCAAUCUGCAGGUUAUGCCGUAAGAAAGUUGCAGCGCCGUUGUCUAACACUUCAAACCUACGUGCCCACCUCCAUGAACACCAUCCAACAUCGUUCACCCCAAUCAAGGUAAAAACAAUAUGACCGCAACAAGUUUGGUCUACUUUACUGCUUAUUAUUGACAACGUUAGUGACGUGUCUGCUAACUUUAGCUCCAAAAAGCUAAUGCUCCCAACGUUGCGUUAGCUGCCUCUUGCUCAUAUUGUUUGUACGUGUCAUGCUGUGCACAGAGACGUGAUUUCGCAGUUUUUGGCCAUUUUUAGUAACGUUAAAAGCAAUGCGCUAAUAUCGUAAUAAUGUCAUGAUAAUAUGGUGAUAAUAUCGUGAAUCGUGAUAUUUUGGGCCACGAAUAUCGUGAUUUCAAAUUUUUCAUAUCAGCACAUGCCUACUGAUACCUAGUCGAGAUUUUAUAUUUAUAUAUACCCAAAGAGUAGAAUGUACAUGAGACCCUCCAAACUGUUCUGCAUACAUAAAUACACUCUCAAACGCUUAGCUACUGCAGUAAACGCAACUCAGAAGACAGUGUGAGAUUUAUGUCAGGGGCAACAAGACCAAAAAAAGUAAAUGCUGGACUUUACCUCUGCCCUCUUACAGUAUUGUUUACCCCUUUUUGUUGCUGUUUAUUUUUUUCACUCUCUGGAUUACAUUAGCAACACAACUGAAUCACCUUUAAGUGGAAAGUAAAGGAGUCAGUCCAGUAUGUGGUGAGGCCCAGCUAUGACAUGGGACAAAUUGCUGCAUUGAAUCUCUCCUUUGAAAUGACACCACACCAAAUGAAGCAGUGUUUCACAUAAUGAUAUGUUAUCCUCCUAAUGUGAUUCAUUAAAAAACAGACUUUGUCUAAUAUUGCAUUGAUAUAGAUAACUGAUGUGUCCAAUCAUUCCUGAAAGGACAAGCAACCCUGUUACCUUUCAGAGGAAAUGAUCAAAUAUUUAUGAAGUAUAAUAGUAGACUGCUUGCUCUCCAGUUAAAACAAAUAUGCAAGAGCAGUGUAUUUAUUCAAUGAGGUAAUUGUUUGAACUGAUAAUGUCACUGAAAACAAGAUGAGUUGCGUCAGGAGAUGUUUGUAGAGAUAAGCAUCCUAACUAGUCUCAACUAGACUCAGUUUUUGAGGAAACCGUACACCAACAGCAGCUCAGAUUCCCAGACAGAAGUUAUUUUUCAUGAUCCAUCUUAAACGCAUGCUUUGAUUGAUAAACCAGAAUAAGUUAAUAAAGUAAUAUCACUUGCUGAGGGAAAUCUUUUCUACUCUGAUUAUAUAGGAAGAUACUCUCCUGCUCAAACUAACCACAGUGGGAUAACUUUUUGUCCUACGAACAUAAACAAAUUAUGGACCAACAGAGGUUAUUAUAUCAACAUGAGGAAAAUUCUCAUAAACAUAAUAAAUCCAUAUAGUGGUCUGAAUCAUGUAUUCCCACUCACUUCUAUUUUAACCACAGAUAUUUGAGAUGCCAACUUUCUUUACAGUCUGUAGAUCCGAAUCACUGUCAGCUGCUCUUUCUUUACUAUCUCAUAGGAUUUUUAAAUGCAUUUGUGUGUGUGUGUGUUUGAGCCUUUCUUCUGCAUGGAAAUGAAACUUGAGUAUAAAGAGAUGAUUCUGCCUCAGCCUUGUCACCCAUAUAAAGCCAUUUCUUUUUAAGACCUGUCAGUUAUCAAAAAUGCAGCACUUUUGAAGUCUUGUUGAAAUAUUUCUGCUCUCUGGGGACAUCCACCUGCCCAGUCCUUGUGUAAUGUAUUUAGAGCCUUAAUUCACCUUUGUCUGCCAUUGAGGUUAAAGAUGUCUUGGCUUAGUGACUCAGUGGUGAUGUAACCAAGGUUUUCAGUCUGUCUGGAGUCUGACAGACACUUCCCACUCAUGGGUCAGAUUGUGCUGGUUUUCUGUGAGGAGGGAGGGCUAGCUGUCUUUACUCUUUCAAACUGCACUUAAAAGCGAAAUGUUUUUCGAUGUACCUCACAUCAAAAACUGUACUACAUCCGAUCCACUAUGGCCGAGUUUUGGUUUGUAACUUGAAGUGUAUUUUAAAUGUUUAGUCUGUGCUUUACUUAGUACUUCACUGUUCCUGCUCCUCAUGUGACCUUGGACUUUUGUUUUUCCACUCUGUGCAGAAAGAGAUUCAGGCCAUGAGCCAGUGCCACCAUCCGAACAUUGUGUCUUACUAUACCUCCUUUGUGGUGAAGGAUGAGCUGUGGCUGGUGAUGAAGCUGCUCAGUGGUGGUAAGUGCUGAGAUAUUUACAGAAACUUGACUGCAGGACUCUCUGGUCAUGUAUUUACCUUCAAUUUGAAUUGAAAUCGUCUGCGCACCUGCUUCCUUUCCAAAUCUUAGUUUGCAUAUAGUCUUCAGGGACCCAGACAGUACUUUUGUGCAGGAGUAGCUUGUCUGAGUUUGAAGUAAGCAUUUUUGUUUCAUGGACUGCUUCCAAAGUCUUACAAAGAUAUAAGACAACGUGUUUAUUUUUCCGUAUAUUCAGGUGUCUGUCUGAGUUUAUGCAGAAUUAAUUGUAUCUGUUAAAUGUGUCGACGUCAGCUGCUGUUUUUCUUCUUUAAUAGAUUUCUGAUACGCAAAGCAGAAGAGUUUAAUUCUGUCCACACCAUACUCCGAAAAUGCUCCGUCAUCUAGCAGCCUGACUGCAUCCUGCUUCAUAAUUUAAAUGAGAUGAAAGGGAAGUUUAAAAAUAUUGUUGUCCUGGAGAUCAGACACACAAGCUGUAAACAGUGAGGCAGUUAUCGAGAGGCUGAAACUGCAAACAGUGACAUUCUAGCAGAGGAGCAGCUUCCCUGUGUAGCCCUCAUGUUUAAGUAGGUGAUUCAAGUCCUUUGCAGGAAUGGUGGACAGACUCUGCUACUAAAGCUGAAAACUACUAUUGAAAGAGUCGACCCAGAAAGAAGUCAUUAGCUACAGAAAUAGAAGUAUGAAUUGUUGCCUUAUCAAAAUAAGAUAACUUUUAGAUAUGAUGCAGACCAGGCUGUUUUGGGUUAAUUAAGAUACAUGUAUAUGACACUAACGACUUUUAGGUAAACAUCCCUCAGUGUGUCUUUAACUCCUUGUGUUUGAGAAAGCCUCUCUGUGAGUCUGUCAGUAUGUCUUGUGACGAGCCUCACUCUGUGCCUCAGGCUCAGUGUUGGACAUCAUCAAGCAUAUCAUCUCUCGUGGCGAGCACAAGUCUGGAGUGUUAGAUGAGGCCUCCAUCGCCACCAUCCUGAAAGAGGUCUUGGAGGGUCUGGAGUACCUCCACAAAAAUGGGCAGAUUCAUCGGUGAGUUUGAAUAAAGGGUCAUCAUUUGUCUGCACUACAGGGAAGUUCUUUUUAUCACUGUGUGCUUUGAGUGCUCAUAACCACUACGUCCCAUCAUUCACUCCUGUCUCGGCCUUUCGUUUCUACAUAUGCGUGUAUGGCUUCAACUAGACCUCAGUCCCUGAAUAUUUCAUACAGUGAAAAUGCAUAAUGUAGGAGUUUUGUUUUACAUAAAAGUCCCUCCCAGGAACACUGAGAAUGACCUCUGCUGAGCAGAAGGCCUCUUUAUAUCCUUUCUAACUUGUUGUACGACAAGUGGGAUUGUUUUAUAUUGACAUGUAGUGCCACAGAUACUUUUGAUGGUUCAUUUCUAAUGUGCUCUGCAGCACUGCUGUGGUUUGUUUGUAGGAGCAAGUAGAAAAAUCCUGUAACUUGCUUGUACGUAAAAACUAUCAGAUGUUACAGUGGGAUAAGAGAGAGUAUCCGUUUUCCAGAAAGAGCAGCUGCAGGUUGAGUUCCAACUCUGCGGCUAACUCUUCGACAUCACUAGAAAAGAGAGCAGGAGAGUGGGAUGGUUGGGCACAGGUUUAUCCACUCCUGUUCUUUGUGCAAUGUUUGCUCUCUGUUUAUGCAAACAGAAAUCAGGUGGAUUAAUUUGAAGCAGAUCAAAGGUGCAGCUGGUUUGUGUGCAGGAGUGAUAAAUGUGCAGCCUUACCACUCCUCUGUUGGUGCAAUAAAUGACUAAUGGCAUUUUUAUUGUUCAUUAUCUUUAAUGCUCCCUCUCUUCAUUCACAGGGAUCUAAAAGCUGGAAAUAUUCUUCUUGGGGAAGACGGCUCAGUGCAAAUUGCUGGUAAAGGCUUUUACUUCUCUCCUGCAUCUACUGUGGUUUUACUCGUGUUUCCUGUAGUUUCAUAUUCCACUGUUGGCACUUUUAUUUGUGCAUUUUUAAAUCCUAAUUCCACUGUGAAAAAUCACAGUUAUUAGUUAAAGUAUUAAAGAAUUCCCUUUAUCUUCCUUGCUGUCCCACCUCGAAAACAAACACACUCUCCAGACUUUGGUGUGAGUGCCUUUCUAGCAGCAGGAGGAGACAUGACGAGGAACAAAGUUCGCAAGACGUUUGUGGGGACGCCAUGCUGGAUGGCCCCUGAGGUCAUGGAGCAGGUAAGAGGCUUGUGAUGCAGAUGGCGUCUCCCACCCUCUGUUCACUGUCUAAGAGAGCUCUUAACUCUUUGAUUGAAGCCAGACUUGAGCGCUUUGUUUACUCGAUUAUGAAUCUGCAGGUCCGCGGCUAUGACUUCAAAGCUGACAUCUGGAGUUUUGGAAUAACAGCCAUUGAACUGGCCACAGGGGCUGCACCGUAUCACAAAUACCCACCCAUGAAGGUAAGAGUGUGUGUGUGUGUGUGUGUGUGUGUGUGUGUGUGUGUGUGUGUGUGUGUGUGUGUGUGUGUGUGUGUGUGUGUGUGUGUGUGUGUGUGUGUGUGUGCGCUCGAUGGUACUUAACCUCAUUUCGCUCUUUUGAAACAGCAGAAGAACUUAUACCUUCAGAUGUCAAGUUUUGAGGAUGGAAAGAGUCAUUUUUUGCUCCACACGAAGUGGCUUAAGCAGUCCUGAGUUUGCAGCUGUUUUUUUUUUUUACACAAGUUCACUGACUGCAGCUGAUCUUUAUGUGCAUUUAGGUGCUGAUGCUGACUCUGCAGAACGACCCGCCCUGUCUGGAGACGGGGAUCACAGACAAGGAGAUGGUAAAGAAGUACGGCAAGUCCUUCAGGAAGAUGCUCUCCCUGUGUUUACAGAAAGAUCCAGAAAAAAGGUCAGUGAGUCUCUGAGCCUUUUUGCUAAAUGCAGGACUGCAGUUGUACUUGAUUUGCUUGCCCUGAGAUUCUUUGUUUUUGUAAUGAACAUAAUGAAGAGCCUUGUGUCUCUUUCCUAUUCAGGCCAACCGCUGCUGAGUUGCUGAAGCAUAAAUUUUUCACGAAAGCCAAAGUAAGCUUUCAUUCACCACCUUGAAUUCAUAAAAGUAUACUUAAAAUGUCCUCCCGUUUCAAAGAGAAGCUCAUAGAUCCUGAUAUUAAUGUUUGUCUGUCUCUUACAGAACAACGAGUACUUGGAGGAAAGACUCCUAAACAAAGGUCCAACAAUAUCAGAGCGAUCCAGAAAGGUGUGACUGUUAUUCUUGGUACACUGUUUAUACACACUAUUAAACAGUUCAUUGUCUAGAAAUAUAACUAUGUUUUAUUUCUCCGCUCAUCUGCUCUCUUCUCAAACUCGUGUCCCAGUUUUAAAAAGUAUAAACCAGAGGGAAUGAGUGAGUCAGCCUUAAGUUUUCUGUAUUUAUAUGAUGUGUAGGUGCGUCGAGUUCCCGGCUCCAGUGGGCGUCUCCACAAAACAGAGGACGGCGGUUGGGAGUGGAGCGACGAUGAGCUGGACGAGGAGAGCGAGGAGGGCAAAGCUGCUGUGGCAGCUCUGCGGGUGAGACUCUGCAUGCCUGUGUCGAGCUUUCUUUAUAAGGCUUUUUGCAGUGUAAUUUUCAAAGCACACUGCACCUUUCUGGCCAGCAGAGGGUGCUGCUGGGUUGAAGGACAGGAAAUGUCUUAAAGCAUGCAAUAUGAUUGUGAAUUUACAAUGACUCGUCCAUUCAGGGAUGUGGGGGGGCCUUAGUUUGACAGUUUUUGUAUUGGGGUCUUGGUGAAGGAUUUUACCGUCUGUUGUCUUAACCAUGAUUUCAGUCCUGUGUUCAAAGUCAACUUGUGUCCAAUUCAUGUAAUCCUUCAAUGCUCCAUCAGUCCAUAUGUGGGGGGAAUAAAAGGAGAAGUGCAUGUUUUUAAUCUUGGAAAUCUUGUCAUGUCCAUUCUGCAGUCCCCCAGAGUGAAGGACGGGUCCCAGAAUAUGGAGGUGAGUUUACUUGUGGUGGACAUGACCUGGAAAUUUUGAUUUUAUCUUAACUCUCCAACAAAUUGAUCUGCAUGACUUGUCUUGUGUGUCCUCCUCUGUUUUUCCAUUCUUGAAAAACUCAAAAACACCUGCUGAAUUUUUUGUGCAAAUUGGUAUCUCGUAGCUCUUCCCAGCAGCAGACGGCUCCUCAGGAAGUCUGCAGCUGCCCGGUGUGGCACAUGAGGGCCCUGCAAAUGCGGGUCAGACAGUAGAGGAUGUUCAACCGCAGGCUCCUGCUCAGACAGCGAGCCCUUCACAUGCACCCACUUCUCAGGUAAUGAAAAAAGAAACAAGAGAAGGGUGUGUUUACGCUCAUACAAAUGUAAAUAUGUUCUUGACAUGUUUAGUUUGGGGCAGGUUCUCUAGAAAACACUAUCAUCCAGUUGUUGAAAAAGCUGAAGUCAGAGAAGGUGUGAAGUUAGCAAGUUACAUUCUCAAAAACCACCAGUUCUGACAUCAGUAUUUUUUGCAAAAGGUCCUGAAGUAAAUCCUCAAAAGUUCUCAUAACUUAGUGUUGGAUCUCAUACAACAUUUCUGAUCAUAGACUAUCAGCAUGGAUACCGUAAGUGUUCACCAAGUAUGAAACAAAAACUGUGGACAAAGCAGGACAAGGACGUGGUCUCAAGUCUUCUGAAGCAGUUCUAAGUUUUUUGUGCUUUAAAUGCUGACUCAGCCAAACCUUUUGUCAUUUAAAAGUAAAGAGGCGGAGUUUAAGCAUUCUAAUUAAAAGAUGAUGGACAGCUAAAUUGACCAGUUAAGCUAAGUUGACUCUGUGGACUGUGGACUCUUCAGACCUCAGGGUCUUUGUUAUGAUUAUAUUGGUAAGUUACAUGUGUGUUUAAGUGAGCAGGAGAAGUUGACCAGAAUGCUUCUGCUCAAGCUAAAGCCCCGCCGAACCAAUACGUCAGCGCUCACCAUCAGGUUUGUUUAGCUGUCACAUUUCCAUAAUGGGUGGACAGGGAAUCAUGUUAUCUAUUUGAUAAACAGUGUUGGUUUUGAUCAGAGAAAGUGCUAUUGGACAUUUUGGUUCGCUUUAUUAAUCCCACUGGUGAUUUCACAGCAUGUGUUAAAGUCAUACAUCGAAGAAUAAGUAAGUUCUAGACAGGCUAAUGCUGCGUUCCAGUUACCUCGGAAGUCAGAUGUCGUAGCUGUGUAUGACGCUACACCCGAGUUGAUGGCGUUCCAGUAAACAAGUCGAAAAACCAAGAUGGACGCCUACUGUUAGCUGUUGUUAACAAUUGUCAGCUGUCGUUGGCCGUUGUCAGUUGUUGUUUGUGGUUGUCAGCUGAUGUUAGUUUUUAUUAGCUAUACCAGUUGUAAACAAACACCAUAGCACUGUGUUGAGCAGUACAACAUAUACCACUGACUUAACGUCACAAAAACAAAACAGAAGUGUUAAUAGAUAAAACAUUACAAGAGGUUUCAGUGUUACUCUUUACUGUUGAUGCACUGCACUGUCAUCUUGGAUUAUGAUGCUGUCGUCAAGUCGGGGUUGGUGAGGAUUGUCCAACUUUCUGAGUCGGAAAUCCGACUUCAGGGGGGCGUUCCAGAUGAAUUUCCGACUGUGAGCUUGGAAAUUCCUACUUCGGGGUACAACUGGAACGUAGCAUAAUAGAUAAAUUUUUGCCUCACAUGGAGAAAAAGUUUCCCUGGAAAACUUUAUAGUACAGAAACUAAAAUAAACGGUAUCUGCUAUAAAGAUUAAAAAAUGCGUUUUUAGCAUCUGCUGCUUAAAACUGAAAGUUCCCUCGCUGACUUUGACAGUGCAUUAAUAAACUACAUUUUCCUCCACAGUGCCUUUUCAAAUCACGCUAUUCAAACUUUUGUUCACUGUCAGUGGUUAAUUCAUGAGCCUCUUAUUCUUAUCUGCAUUUACAAAGUACCUUACAGCUCCUUCAUUUUAAACCAAUCGGUGAUUAAAGAGCAUGACAACACAACGGACUGGAUGUGAGUAGGGACCAUCAGGUUCAGAUAGUAAUGAUUAACAAAAAGAGAGAAAACUUUUCCCUCAAAUGAAUAAAAAAGAAAACAAUGGUGUCUCUUAAAAAGACAUGGAUCUUUGCGUGUUGUUGUCACUGACAUUGCAGGAGUAACACGUGGUAUAAAUGCAGAAACUCUGUUACUAAAAACUCGGUCUAGAAAACAAAGAAAUUCCUGCAGAGAUCAGGGGAACAGAGUGGAGUUGAUCGUUUGUUUCUUUGCUGUAUUUUUGACAUGCUGUAGGAUCCAGCUGCAGCUGAUGCCAGUGUUCCCAUCAGCCUCGUGUUAAGACUGAGGAAUCCCAAGAAGGAACUUAACGACAUCCGAUUUGAGUUCAUGUCGGGCAGAGGUAGGACUCAUUUCAAUUUUUUUGUCUUAAAUUGUGUACUGGCGAUUCCUGCCUUAAGUCUGAGUCUCAAUAUCUGUCUGCAGAUUCUGCUGAUGGGGUUUCUCAGGAGCUGGUCUCAGCCGGUCUGGUUGACGGGAGGGACUUAGUCAUUGGUAAGUAAGACAUGGAGACCUGCAUGAUUGGAUAUUAACAGUAUGAGGUCCAUACACUUCAAAUCUACCUGAGAUUGGUGAUCCAUUAGAGUCUACUGAAACUGUUGAACUCCAGGAGUUUUGCCCUAUCUUUAGAUGUGUUUGUCUCAGAGUGUGGGGUUAAUCAUACUCAGGGAUGUGGUUCUUCCAGAUCCAUUUAAAACUCUGGAUUUUCUGACCUUUGCCAUGUGAAUCAUCUAUUUAAGGACAUGUUCUGAAUAAAGAGGGUCAUUAGCUGCUCAGUGAAAAAAAAGGGAACUUUAGGAUUUCUGCAGGCUGUAAUAUAAUGACUCUCCUUAUUUCUGAGUAAUUGUGCUCACGUUUCAUGCUUUUGCUGCUGGAAGCCAAUCACUUGCCUGUAUACUGUGGUAUCUACUGUAAAGCACAAAAUGUAGGUUGUAUUAGAUAACUUGUAUACGCAGGUGAACAUUUGAUGCGGAACUGAAGUCAGUAGAAAGAAGCAGAGGUGUUUCACCAUUUCAUUGUGUGCAUGUUGCUUUAAAACCAGUGAUCAUCAGUCUCCACCUCUGGUCUCUUUAAAGGAAUGUCUCCUAACCUGUUCUCACUGUGUUCUCUUAUCCAGUUGCCGCCAAUUUGCAAAAGAUUGUUGACGACCCUCAAAAUAACAAAAAUGUGACUUUUAAAUUGGUGAGUACUCAGAAAAACGUAGUGUUAGGGCGGUCACAGUGUCAUCUAAUGAACUACAUGACAGAAAAAUUAGAGUUCUAUCACAAUAAUGUUAUCUAAUGUGUAAUGAGCUAUGCUUUAUCUAUAUCAACAACCCUGUGACAGUAACUGAAAAUCGUCCUGGAAAUGUUUGACCAUCUCUCAUAAAGUUGCUACAGCUAGCUAGCUGCUGCUGCUCUGUCUUCAUCGUCCUCCUACUGUUUGAUACCAUGUGGCAAUUAGAGGUCGACUGAUUACAGAUUUUCAACAGCUGAUAAUGAGAAAAAUAUAAAUCCAAGGUAAAUACCGUGAUUGAAAUUCAGCAAGGUCGUGUAUAAAUGGGAGUGUUUCAUCCACAUUAAAAUCACAUAUUCAUGGUGAUCAUCGCCAGUUACAUGUUUUAAAUAGAUUUUCAAAUAGAUCAAUGGUGUGGAAAAGAAGCCAUUAAUUGUUCUGAUUAAUCGGUCUACCUCUGGUGGAGAUCACCUGAAAGAACGACAGCUGCUCUCUAUAAUAAACCAGUCACUACCACAAUACUUAUUUUUGGCAUGAAAUCAACGACUAAAUGUUUAAAAGAUUGUCAUCAUCAAUACUUAGAGUUUGUGACUGCCUUAGUAUGUAUUCAUACAGUUAAAUUCUUAUUCAUAUUUGUAUGUUUCAGUUCAGCUGUCAGUCAUUGUUGAGUUUUGAAAGUGAGUACAGUCAGUUUACAUGUUGUCUGUGUUUUCCAGGCGUCUGGCGUGGAGGAGUCUGAAAUCCCUGAUGAUGUCAAGCUCAUUGGCUUUGCACAGCUCAGCAUCAGUUAAGCAGAGCCGUGCCAGAAACAAAGGACAGAAACUAAUGGUAUUGCACAGCUGCAUUGUAGUCAGUUCCAAGAAAACCACUACUGCCAAAGACAGAAGGAGGAAGACGACAGAGAUGAAGAGGAGGAGGAGGAGGAGACAUGAAGCUGGCAGGAGUGUGAAACUACUGCAGGAUGCAUGAGGACCACAAAAAGAAGGGGCUGAGUUCAUCACAGGAAUCACACUUGAAAUGUUUACAGUGCGCUUAAACAGUGAAUGGGCGAGGAGAUGCAAUCAACUAUAUCAACUCUUAAUUACUUUAAUUUCCUUCCUCCUCAUACAUAAGCACAAUCCGAACCAUCUCCUGCCAGUACUGGAAGUGAUUGCCUUUUUUUUUUUUUUUAAAUUCAACUGUGCCACAUUAAGUCCUGAGUAUGGUGCCACCUUUGUUCGGCACUUUAUUCUACACUGAAAUUGAAAUGUGUAAAUUCAGCCUUAGUAAGUCAAAUUAUAGACUUUACAAAAUAAUUGAGUCUAUCUGGGAUUUCCAGGCGUAUUUUAUAUACGCUUAUCCGGUAAAUCUAAGAAAGUAUCUUGUCAAACCAAGACAAAGAACUUGCAAACACGCUGUAGCAUAGUUUAAGUUUUCAGACUCUUGAAUUAAGAGAUUUCUGAACAGAAAUAAGAAGAUGACCAGAAUUAAUUUAAUACAAGGCAGCCCAACGAUGUGGUGUGGUGGUUUUGUUGAGACAUAACCAAAGAGUUGAGGCUCUGACUGCGCUGCUGAAAUCAUUCCAGUGUAAACAAAUCAACAGGAAAAGAUCUGCCCCAUAACUGCAGUUUAAACACUUUGUUGGAUGGCAUUUCCCUCUGGUAUUUAAAGACUGAGUUGUUUCCACACUUUUAGACCUGCCUAUUCUUCUUGUACUAUGCAAUAGGUAUUUUUUUCUCACCACAUGGAGUCGCUGGUUUCUGGUCAUAUUUCCCUUUGGGCGAAUUGAGCUCAUUUUUGUGUUCGCACCUCACUCAGAAGUCAACCUGACCAACGGGCAGCUCAAGGAAGCUGCAGCAAGAAUUUAUUUACAUUUUUAAAAAUGCAAAGGAUAAACUUCAAAAAGGACAAACUUUCAGACACGGGUCAUAAUUGCUGUUUUUUUCUGUGAGGGUUAAUUUUGCUUGUUUACGAUUAUCGUCAAAUCAGCUGGGAAGAAUCCUGAAUGCUGGUGUUAAGUGUGGGGCUUUGGGCUGUUUGUGUGAAAGGCUGACUGCUAACUAAACUUCUGUUGAGGUGUGCACACAAAAAACCUUCAAUGUUCUCUCAAAGUGAAACAAAGCUUAAAGGAGCAGUUCACUCAAACCACACAAAAACUGAACAUACUGAAUCACUCGCUACUCGUAAUUUGAUUUGAGGAGGUUUUGAGACUCCCCCAAUACAAUGGAGGUAAAUGUCAUUUUUGUUGAUGGCUGUGCUGUUAGUUCAAGAGAUGAUCAUGUUCUGAUGUUAAGUCCACCAUUGUGAAUGACUUAUACACUCAAACGAUUGACUGUUAUUGAUUUAUGAAGUCCUUAUAGGACUAAAUAUUGACAUAAUUGUACCCAUAUUUUUCAUUUUCACAACUGGGUCAGAUUUUAAAUUUGUUUAAUGUAGGGCAACACUGCCAUCAACCUGGGCUUAACAUUGUGUCAAGCAAAUGUCACAUUCAAAACUAAGAUUGUAAAAAGGGUCAACUUUGAACCUGCCAUUCAUUAACAUGCCAUUGCUGGCAUGUUUGCAUACUGAUUUUAGCAUGUAGCUCAAACCACUGCUAUUGUAGAGUUUGGCUGUUCAACUGUAUUUUAUAUUUUCAAAACUCAAAAUUUCAGUUGGAAAAACAACUUUGAAAUAAGGGAAGUCUGCGACCUUCCCGGAAAAAGUUCUGUUAUAAGUAGGAAGAAACGCAAUCCACUGCAAAGAGCAAAUAACUCUGAAUUAUAGAUAAUUUCAAGCACUAAACACUGUAUGCAGAAGAAUUACCUAAUUUAAUGCAUCAUGGUGGUAUAGGCUAAAAAUAAUUAGCAUCAAAAUUAUGGCUUACAGUUGCUCUCGUACAUUAAUUAUGUCUCCAUGUAAGCAUGCUAACACCAAUAUGGAGAGCUCUGUAAACAUCUUAGCUACUAAAAUUAGCAUGCUAGUACAGUCAGUGUGAAUAUGAAAGCAUGAUGAUGUUAGUGUUUGUCAAAUGUCCUGCAGGUUCAAAGUUCAUUCUCAUAGAGAAGCAUGAUGCAGCGUUUUGUGUCGGUGCUAAGAGCAUCACUAAUGUCUAUUUACCUCAAUUGGGAUAAAGGGCGGCAUGUUGAUCUGUCAAACCUCAGCUGAUAAAACUAAAACUGUUUUACAUGUGGACACCACUAAAGAUAGAAACGUAUACAUUUGGUGAAUUAACCCUUUAAACUGUCUCCAGAAGCCAGUCUCUAUUUUUUUUUUUUUUCUGUCAUUCGGUAAGUUGUUUUAAUCGUACUGUAGUCUGUUUGCUUUUGAAACACUCACCAACAAAUCACUGUCGUCACUCCCUGCGUAGCUGUGUGGUUGUUUUGUACCACGUGCAAAGGGCUGUGAAAGAGCUCCUAGUUCAGGUACUGAUGUAAAUGGUGUAUGUAAAGAUGUUGUAAAUGUACGUAUGAUGGCAACUCCAUGCACUGUCACAAACAUCAUGAGGUUUGUAUGUAAUGAUGUAGAUGCAUUGACUCUUUAAGUGUACAUGUCAGAUAAAAGAAACCUUUUACUUGUAAAUAUUGAUUACAGAUUGAAACAGACUGAGACUCAACAUGGUCAUUAGACAAAGUUGGAUUUGUUUUGUAGUGUUUCCCACUGUUUGGCCUUUUGUCAGAGCAUCACUAACAUGCAAAAACUUGCUCAAUUGGCACCUUAUUGGUCUGCUAACAUAACAUGUUUAUUCUUUCUCUUUUUAAUUCAUGGGGCUUGUGAUCACACUCUCUGUGCUUUGAUGUCACGUUUGCUUUUUCCUCACUGAAACCUGCCCGAUGCUAACGGAUAAAUGCUGUUUUAAUAAGAAAGGUGGCACAGAUGACACCUCCCCUCCCUGCGUGCGUGAUUUGGUGAUAAAACGAUUGAUCGUUGAAGGCUUUGAGCUCAAGCUCACUUAGGUUUUCUAAAUUCUUUCCCUCUUAUUGUUUACUCCUAGAAAACCAUCAUUCUGCCUCUUGACAGGGUCACAGAGUGACUAGUAUUAAUUUAAUCAUUUGAUUGGCAUUUACAUUUUUCUUUUUUAAUCUUUUUUUUUUUUUUUACAGAUCAUUACCUAUAUUUUUAAAAUAUGAUUAGUUAUAAAGUAUGUACAUCAGCAAAUGCAUAAUUCCAGGUGGAAUAUUUGUGAUAUACAAAAAGAUUCUUGACAUAUAGAUUAUUGGGAAAUGUCAACACAUGCAGAUGAUUUUUGGUAGCUGAAUAAAGUCACAUGAUGGAAUCAAA